CAUAUCUGACGUGCUGCCAAUCUACUGCAAUUACGCAGAAGAAGAAGAUUCCGCUGCAACAGCUAGGCAUCAUCAUGCCUACUGCUGUGAUUAUGGAGGAAAAUUUUGAUAAAUUAUUAGAGCAGUGUGAAGCUCAAGAACUCGAGGCUCCAGGGGGCAUUGCAACACCUCAAGUCUACGCUCAGUUGCUGGCGCUCUAUUUACUUCAUAAUGACAUGAAUAAUGCCAGGUAUCUAUGGAAGAGGAUUCCCCAAGCGAUAAAAUCAGCAAACCCUGAAUUAACAGCUAUUUGGGCUGUAGGCCAGCGCAUUUGGCAGCGAGACUUUCCAGGGAUCUACACAGCCAUCGCAGCUUAUCAGUGGACAGAAAAUAUCCUUCCGGUCAUGGAGGCCCUUCGAGGCAACAUCUUUUCCGCAAUGGAUGUCCAGAGGACAGGAACUAUGGUUCGGCCCCCCAGCCCCAUGGAUAGCCUUGAGAAGCAGCUGAGCUGCCCCAUCUGCCUGGACAUGUUCACCAAACCUGUGGUCAUUCUGCCCUGCCAGCACAACUUGUGCCGUAGUUGUGCUAGUGACCUCUAUGACUCCCGCAACCCAUACCGCUUUUCUGGUGGUGUCUUUCGAUGUCCUACCUGUCGGUUUGAGGUUGUGCUUGACCGGCACGGUGUCCAUGGGCUCCAGCGUAACCUCUUAGUAGAAAAUAUUAUCGACAUCUAUAAGCAGCAGCAAGAAGGCAGUGGCGGUGGAGGUACAGAAACCACCCUGAAGCCUAAGGAGUCCAAAGAACCAAUGUGCCAAGAACACGACGAUGAGAGAAUCAACAUUUAUUGCGUGACCUGCCAAGUACCCACCUGCUCCAUGUGCAAAGUGUUUGGUCAACAUAAGGACUGUGAGGUGGCACCUUUAGCAAGUGUUUACCAGGCUCAGAAAGGUGAAUUGAGUAAUGCUAUCGAUACUCUGGUGGCCAGUAAUGGCAGACUGCAGGCUCUGCUCAACCAGAUGGAAGAUGCCUGCCGUGCCGUGCAGGAGAAUGCUCAACGUGCUAAGCAAGGGUUAGCUGAACGCUUUGACCUGUUGUACGCUGUCCUUGAAGAGCGCAAGACCAUUCUACUAGAGCAGAUUGGUAAAGAGCAAGAUGAAAAGGUGGCAGCCCUGCGGGCACUGGCUCAGCGUUAUGGUGAACGACUGCAGGCUAGUACAGAGCUCACAGAUACGGCUGUUAGAGCACUGGAGCAGAGCGGCACGGCUGAAUUUCUGUUAGCCUCCAAGGGCCUUAUCACGCAGACCAAGGAUGCAGCUAAAUGUUCACUGGGAGAAGAGAGGCCAGAGCCAGGCUUUGAGAAGAUGGACCACUUCACUUUGUCAACAGAGCAUGCUGAAGCAGUGCUGGCAAAGAUGGACUUUGGGAUUUGUGACAAUGAUGAAUUUGAAGACGCAGAGGAAGAGGAGGAGGAGGAGGAGGAGGAGGAGGAGGAAGAAGAAGAAGAGGAAUAAUGAAAAUUGAAAAUGAAAGUGUUUAUGGACUUCAAGGAGAUACUAUAAUAUCUGCUUUUCAAGAAGUUUUUGACACAAGUGUUUAUGGCAGGGACUGCAUUUGAUGUUGAACUAAAUAUAAGGUUAUAGUGGAUGUGGGCUAAAAUGGCUUGCCCGUAUUUUCAGUGCAAUAUUUAAUUUCAGUGUUGUAUUCGUACCUUUUCUUAAUUUCUUUUUAUACUUUUGUACUUCGAAACCAAUUAAAUGGAAAAAUAGGGUGGAUAAAUGUAAAUGUAGACUGUCUGAAGAUGGCUUUCACAUCAUUUUCCUCAUAUAUAGCUUAUGAAAUUAGUUGAUUUAGUAGGUAGUUUUUCUCAUUUUGUCUAAGUUUGUGUUGAAUCAGUGAUCCAGCUGUAAUUACAAAGUCUUUCUUUAAUUGAAUGUGGAAUAAAACUGCAUGAAGAUAA